UUCUUCCUAAAAUAAACCCCGAUAACACCCAUUCUCGUGGGUGGCGCCGGCGGACCCAAUUCUCUUCGCCGUGGAACAAGCAUCACAUACUCCGUCGGACGCUGUCCGCCGUUGUCAGCCCUGCGUGGUUGUCCUCGGGAAAGCAGUGAAGAAGAUUCGAACCCUGGCGCUUUUUCUACUCCCACGAUCUAAAUCCAUGAAACCUUAAAGGAAGGAGAAUUUUUGGCAGCAGCAAAGGUUUUUUUCCAUUAUUCCGUUCUGGCUAUCCCAUGAGCAAUUAAAACAACCUGAUAUUAAUUGCUACAAUGCCAACCAUAAAUUUUCAUUCAUUGCUUGUGUUCUCUGUCUUUUUCCGUGUGGCUUUAAUUCUAUAUGGAGAAUGGCAAGAUGCUCAUAUGGAGGUUAGGUAUACUGAUGUUGACUACCUUGUAUUCUCUGAUGCUGCAUCUUAUAUGGCUUCGGGUGAUUCCCCUUAUAAGAGAACCACUUAUCGCUAUUCCCCCUUACUUGCUUUUCUUCUUAUUCCAAAUUCUAUCAUCCAUCGAUCAUGGGGGAAGUUUCUAUUCUCAGCAUCAGAUAUACUUGUGGGAUACUUCAUAUAUUAUAUUUUGAAGCAGCGUAAGGUGCCUGAAAAUCUAUGCAACUACUGUGUCAUGACGUGGCUCUUUAAUCCAUUUACCUUCACCAUCGGGACGCGUGGGAACUGUGAGCCCAUUGUUUGUGCUUUGGUCUUGUGGACCAUUAUCUGUCUUAUAAACGGUAAUGUGGUACAGUCAGCAUUUUGGUACGGAGUUGUAGUCCAUUUCAGGAUUUACCCUAUUAUAUAUUCCAUUCCUAUAUUGUUGGUUCUUGAUCCUAGCUGCUUCCACUCUGGUCAGAAACCUGUCCUAAGGGUCUGGAGUGCUGUUGAAGGAGAGAAACCCAAGGAUGGGGAUAAAUGCUGUUCUUUAUAUAAUCUAUUAAAAAGCAUAUUUACAAGGGAUAGGCUAAUGUUUGGAAUAAUAUCAGGGGGAGUUUUUCUCCUUUUCACUGCUCUGUUCUUCCAUUUAUAUGGGUGGGAAUUCCUGCAUGAGGCACUGCUGUACCAUCUUACACGGACAGAUCCGAGGCACAACUUCUCCAUCUAUUUCUAUCACAUAUAUCUUAAUUACAGCAACAAAAUUUCAAUGGUGGAGAAGCUGGUCUCCUUUUUGCCGCAAUUUGUGGUGCAACUAGUUCUUAUAUUCAGCCUCGCACGGGACUUGCCGUUUUGCCUUUUCAUGCAAACUGUGGCAUUUGUAGCGUUCAAUAAGGUGAUUACUGCACAAUACUUUGUUUGGUUCUUUUGCCUGUUGCCUCUAAUACUUCCAUGGAGCAAGAUGAAACUCAAAUGGCAAGGCUUGUCAUGCAUUCUUUUGUGGAUUGGAGCUCAGAUCCAUUGGUUAUUGUGGGGUUACCUUCUUGAGUUCAAGGGUAAAAAUGUCUUUUUACAGCUUUGGGCAGCGGGCCUGCUGUUUUUGGCAGCCAACGUUUUUGUUCUUGUCAUGAUUAUCCGCCACCAUAGAUGUGCUUCAAUUUUCAAAAGUGUUGAGCAUGCAAAUUCCAAGAACGUGGCUAAGCUUGAGUGACUGUGAAUAGAGUUUUAUCCUAGUCAUCAGCAUCUGCCACUGUAGGUGUGCUUUAGUUUUGGAAGAUUCAAUGUAUUGAUAGCUACAAAUUAUUUAGAGGAUCCAUAAUCACAGAUCACAUUGAAAUUUGAAGUUUAAUGAUCCUUAUUUGUAUGUUAUUUGAACCUUGAGCAAUUUUCAUGAUCUUUAGUGGCCAACUAAA